AUGUGGGGGCAGUACUCUCCGUACUACCCUGCGAAUGAAUAUUCCUCCCCGCCGAGCUCCUGCAACAUUACCCAGCUCCAACGCCACGGCGCGCGAUACCCUGCGCACGAAGACGCGCCCACCUACCGCGAUGCGGUCGACAAGUUAACCUCUGUAACUCGCUAUCAUGACGAGCGACUUGACUUUCUUGAAGAUUACGAGUACAACCUUGACGAGGAUGUUCUCGUACCGCUCGGUAUGAGGCAGAGUUGGGAGUCCGGUUAUGAAGCGUUCGCGCGUUACGGGGAGGUCAUCAAAAAAGAGAAGACCAUCUUCUUGCGAGCAUCUGAUUCACAGCGAGUGGUCGACAGCGCAGUAAACUGGACCAAAGGUUUCGCUGCGGCAAGCCAGAGCGAGAUGGCUCCCAAGAUAGAACAGCUUCUAUCGGAGAAGGUCAACAACACCCUCAAUAACGACUGCCCUGCGUCGUCUGAUGGCGUUGCAGAGAUGAACACCUGGCUGAAGCAGUUUGCUCCGCCCAUCGCCAAGCGCCUAAACACCGCUGCUCCCGGAGCGAACUUGACUGACGAGGACGUGUUUGGUUUGAUGGCGUUAUGCCCAUUCGAAAGCAUCGCAAUGGCGCACGCGGACGCCGAGAGCAAGAAGAAGACGAAGGCAAGAAGCAAGUUCUGCGCAUUAUUCAAUGACGACGAGUGGGCUGCAUUUGAGUAUCACGGAGACGUGGAGAAAUAUUACAAGACCGGUCCCGGGAACAAGCUCGGCCCCGUCCAAGGCGUGGGGUACGUCAACGAGCUUAUCGCCCGAUUGACCGGCACGACCGUGCGCGACCACACGACGCACAACGCCUCAUUGCCCUUCCCGCUGGACCGCACGCUCUACGCGGACUUCUCGCAUGAGAACGACAUGGUCGCCGUGUACGCCGCGAUGGGCCUGUUCGAUGCACGGGACGCACGCGCACCGGACCCACGGCGCAUGCCAAGCGACGGCGACGACGGGGCCGAUGGGAGGAGGGUGUGGCGCGCGAGUCGGAUGGUGCCAUUCUCUGCACGGAUGGUCGUGGAGAGGCUUGAGUGCGCGUCAGACCAAGAGGGUGGGCGGGAGGCGGGGACGUGUGUGAGGGUGUUGGUAAAUGACGCAUUACAGCCGUUAGGGUUUUGUGGUGCAGAGGAAGGGGAGAGGAUAUGUACGCUGGACGCGUUUGUGAAGAGCCAGGAGUAUGCGAGGGGGGAGGGGCAGCAGGAUUUCAAGAAGUGUUACAAGUGA